UGAAAGUGCACUAUUUGCGAAGAAAAAUCGAACUUCUAAUAUCAAGAGAGGUCAUUACUUCACCUAUAUAAAGCUAGGCGUAUCAACUGAAUGGUAUAGCAGUCGUUCCUUGUGUCCUAGCUACAUCUCAAUAUCACCAUGAACUGUCUUCUCGUCGCCGUAUUCGCCAUCUUGGCCGUCAGCGCCAACGCAGGAGUCCUGGGCGGACUCGGCUGGGGCGGCCAUGGUUUGGGCGGCUUGGGUGGUUUGGGCGGCUGGGGCGGACACGGUGCCGGCUUGGGCGGCUGGGGCGGUCACGGAGCUGGCUUGGGCGGCUGGGGCGGACACGGAGCUGUCGUAGCUGUUAGCCCGUGGGCACACAGCCCCGUUGGGCCCUCUGGAGUCGUUACCGGAGCGGGAGCUGCGGGACCUUCCGGAGUUGUCACCGGAGCCGGUGCUGUAGGGCCUUCUGGAGUCGUAAACGGACAUGGAGCUGUUGGACCCACCGGCCCCAACGGACACGGUGUUGCCAUCGCUGCUAUCCCCGCAGUAGGUCUAGGAAUUGGACAUGCCGGACUUGGAAUUGGACACGCCGGACUUGGACUCGGCCAUGCUGGUCUUGGACUCGGUCUUGGACUCGGCCAUGGUGGUCUUGGACUUGGAAUUCAUCAUUAGGGAUAAUCUGGACCGAUGAUCAAACUGCGCUGUAUAUAUCGAAUUCUGCUUCAUCUCUUCUAUAGUUAUUUAUUGUUGUAGAGACUCUUAUACUUGAAUAAAACAACUUGUUUUGUCUAAGU